AUGCUCUUGAAUGCCAUACUUUUACUUCUCCUCGCGCCAACUCCUGCACUGGGGAGCAUUGACCGACAACAUAUCAUUUCCAAGUACAAUGUAGUCCGCUCUAGUCUGAUCACCAACGAGACGACACCUCUUCAAGUGGGCAAUGGUAAUUUUGCAUUUAAUGUCGACAACACAGGUUUACAGACAUUUCUCCCAUUCAACACACUGUCCAGUUGGGGUUGGCAUAAUGACUCUCUACCAAGCAACGGGGAGAAAAUUGAGGAUUACCAUGGAGUCGAUAUGGUAACGCAUGGACGGAACGUGUCAUACGAUAUUCCUGACCCUGACCUCCCUGGAGUGUCGCAAUGGCUCACUGCUAAUCCCAAUCGCAUAAACCUAGGACGCAUAGGAUUACAAUAUAAAGGGUCACUUGUCUCUGCGUCUCAAAUUACAGAGCCACGGCAAGAGCUCGACUUAUGGAAAGGAGUCAUUACGUCGACUUUCAAGGUUGACAGCCAAUUAGUCAAGGUGGUCACCCAAGGAGACUUCGAUUCGGACUCGGUAGUCUUUGAAAUUGAGUCUGGUCUAAUCGCAUCUGGUGAUUUGACUGUCGGGCUAGACUUUCCAUAUCCGCCCAUUCACUCGACCAAAUACAAAUAUGAAGUUUUCGUUGGUGUCUACGACUUCCCCGACAAUCAUACUACCACUAUUGAGGAGUACAGAAAAAGCAUAGCACAUAUUCAACACGAGCUGCAGGACACGAAUUACUACCUUAAUCUGCGAUGGGGUUCUGGACAACCACUGCGCCUUUCUCGUCAACACAAUGCAACCCACAGGUACACACUUAAAUCCAGGUCAUCAUCUACAAUGACAUUUACGGCAAAUUUCUCGCCAGAAAAGCGAACGGCUGAUUCACCAUCCGUGAUUCAGGAGCGUAGCUCCACAGCUUGGAACAAGUACUGGACUCAAGGAGGAUUUGUCGAUCUAACAUCCUCAUCUAAUCCCAAAGCAGACGAGCUCCAGCGUCGCAUCAUUCUAUCACAAUACCAUGUGCGGGUGAACAGCGCAGCCAAGGGGCAGUCCCCUCAGGAGAGUGGUCUGAUGAACAAUGGGUGGUAUGGAAAGUUUCACAUGGAAAUGGUAGUUUGGCACAACGCGCACUGGGCGACAUGGGGACGACAGGAACAAUUUGAUAACAUCUUCCCGGAAUUAUAUAACGCAUUACUACCAUCGUCAAUCACACGGGCAACGUCUAUGGGAUGGGAUGGUGCACGGUCUGCUCCCAAUGAUUUCGGCAAGGAGAAACAUGAAUUGACAUCCUUUAGUUGGCCAAAGAUGACCGAUGUUGAAACCGGAGUGAGCUCCCCCGGCGGUAUCAACGGCCUUCUAUUGUGGCAACAGCCUCAUCCCAUGUACCUGGCAACUCUGGCCUACCAAGCGUCCCCGACACGCAAGACCCUUGAACGAUGGGACCGCGUUUUGACGGCCACAGCUGAUUAUAUGGCCUCUUACGCCUGGAAGAAUACAAGCUCGGGUUAUUACGAUCUGGGACCGCCGGCAUAUGGUGUGACUGAGAACACACCUCCUUCUGAAAGCCUCAAUCUUGCAUAUGAGACCGCGUACUGGAGAUACGGGCUUGAUGUCGCGCGUGAGUGGAAAAAGAAACUCAACCAGCCAGUUCCCGAUAAAUGGACAGUGGUUGCAGAAGCGCUCGCUCCACUCCCGCAAGUUGAUGGUCUGUAUGCUGUUUACGAAGGAUUGAACGGUUCAUGGUGGAAUGAUAGCUCUCUAACUGGGGACCCUCGGAGCUUAAUCAUGCUUCAGGGCAUCCUCCCUAACACACCAGCAGUUGACCCCGAUAUUGCUUCGAACACAGCAGAAAAGGUUUGGGAGGUGUGGACCGACGACAAGAUAAGGGGAUGGGGUAGACCAGUUCUCGCAAUCAAUGCGGCACGGCUAGGGGAACCGGAGCGAGCGACAUACCACCUGACCGCAUAUGAUUAUUGGAAUUUUGAUGAUGCUGGAUUUGCCGAGCGUGGAGGAGAUGGAGGAACCCCUCCUCCAUUCAUGCCUGGUAAUGCCGGGCUACUUUAUGCUGUGGCAUACAUGGUUGCCGGCUGGGAAGGAUCUCAGGGCGACGCCCCCGGCUUUCCUCAGGAUGGUAGCUGGGUAGUCAACCAUGAAGGAUUGCUCAGAGCACCGUAG